CGUCUUCUAUUGUCUCUCCUCAGUCCUAAAGACGGAUUAGGGUUUCGAAAUUUUGGCAGUAGGGAGAGAUGGAGAAGCCUGGCAGUAUGAGAACCGUGGGUGGAGGGAUCGAAGAGAACAUAUUGGCAAUCCUCGACUCUUCUGAAGCUAAAGACACUCUGGACGCCUUCGAGGAUAGAAUCGCUUUUAUCGAAGCUGUUCGUGCUGCUUCCAUUGUAGCAAAAAAUGGAACUCCACCUACCUAUAAAAUGUAUGAGGCAAUCUUCUCCAUCUUGAGGAUUGGAAAGUCUCUAGAAUUGACUAUGGCAAGUUUUCAGCUUUUGAAUGAGUUAGAUAAGCGUUUCCCUCGGGUAAAUUCUUCUGAUGUGGAUAUAUCAAAUUCAUCAAGCAGUGUGCCCGAACUAAUCAUGGUUCAAGAGGUUUGGUUUCCAUUCGUUUUCAGCUCCGAAAAUGCUAGCAGUGAGAGGGGAGCUGCAAAUAACUCAGAGGGACCAGUUGACUCAUCAGGUUUCCAACUUUUGAUACAAGACCUUGCUGACGCAACCGAUGAAGGAAACUUACGAGCAUCAGAAACAAAGUCCUUAGCAAACAUGCUAUUGUUUCAAUACCUAGUUAACGUUUUUGAAGGAGAUUUUCGACCACGUAACAGUGUCUAUGAAGAUACCAUGAACUGGGUAGUUCUGAGAGAGUCUUUAUUGAACAUGCUUCUGGUGUCAAGAAAAGUAAACUACAAAAGCUUGAUGAAGGAUUGCUUGACCAUUAUGUGUAAACUCUAUCAAAACUGUACUGGAUUCACCGACGAUCUGAUAUGUUCAGAGAAUUCUGCGGCACAACCAGCUGAAAAUUUUGAUACUGCUGCUGCAAUUUCUUUACUUGAGGUAGGAAAGCAUACCUGCAUAGCCAUGCAGAAGUUUCUAAUAAUGAUAAUGGAGCUUGAUGUGUCCAAGAAGAGUGCAGAGAUGCAAGGUUCUACUACCCGAGCUGAUGGCGUCAGAACUCCUCUGGUGGAGAUAAUUCUGGACGAGCUAACAUACAAUAGAGAUAUUCUUUCCCCAUUUCUUCAGGUUUUCAAUGAACCUAAAUGGAAGCUUGAGGUAGUUGUGCAGUACUUGUGGAAAUACAUUGGUAAGCCUUCUGUUCGCACUCGUAGGUCAAAUAGUCCGACGGACGAUGCAUCAUUCAGUGGAGCAUUGAAGUGCUUUUCAAAUAUCACCAGCACAAGAAGUACCUUAAAAAAGAUUAGGACAGAAGUAGUUCAGUUGUUGUUAGCACAUGGCUUUCAGGCUCAUUUGUCGCUACCAAGUGAGCAGCAUCCUGUUGAAGAC